UCACACUUCUCCUCAUCCUCCUAAACUAUUACUACAAUGCAUUUGCUAUUUGCUUUUUUCGGUUUUAUUCUCUUAGCAGUGUCCUCUGCUAACCCUGUUCCAGCCGACGAUGAAGAUGCUCAUCUUACAGUCCCGGAACUCAUCGCUAAAUACGGUUACCCAGUGGAGGAGCAUCACGUUACAACUGAAGACGGCUACAUCCUAACCCUCCACCGAAUUCCCCAUGGCAAAAAUUCAAACAAGAGCUUGGGCAAAAUUGCGUACCUCCAACAUGGAUUAUUGAGUUCCUCAGCCGACUGGAUCAUCACUGGAACAACCCACGGACUUGGUUACAUAUUAGCUGACGAAGGCUAUGAUGUUUGGAUGGGCAAUGCCAGAGGGAAUAAACUUUCCCGAAACCACACGUCUCUAAAUCCAGACAAAGAUUCCGAAUUUUGGAAAUUCAGUUGGCACCAAAUUGGAGCCAUUGACGUGCCAACAAUGAUCGAUUAUAUCUUAGAACUCACCAACCAAACCAACCUUUAUCACAUUGGUCACUCUCAAGGAACCACCAGUUACUACGUCAUGACUUCCAUGCGUCCAGAAUACAACGACAAAAUCAAAGCGCAUUUCAGUCUUGCACCCAUUGGUUACAUGAACCAUAUGACCAGUCCUCUCAUGCACAUUAUGGCUUUCUGGUCUGGACCUCUCGACCUUCUUUUUAACCUCAUUGGAGUUAAUGAAUUUCUCCCAAGCAACGAAUUUAUGGCUUUGGUCGGAAACGUUCUCUGUGGCGACGACGACAUUACACAAAUUCUUUGUACCAAUGCCCUAUUCGCCGUUUGCGGCUUCAGCGCUUCUGAAAUGAAUGCAACGAUUCUCCCGGUUUUGACAGGUCAUACUCCUGCAGGAGCUUCUGUAAUGCAAGUGAUGCAUUAUGCGCAAGAAAUCAACUCGGGGGGUUUCCGUCAAUAUGAUUUUGGUUUAGACAAUUGGAAUCAUUAUCACUCUUUGACUCCUCCACCAUACGACUUGUCAAAAAUCACAGCUCCUAUUUAUCUUUUCUAUAGUCACAAUGAUUGGCUGUCUGCUGAACAAGACGUUAUCAAACUUUGCAAAGGAUUAGGUUCGGCUUGUGCUGGCAAAUUUUUGGUUUCCGAUAAUGGCUUCAACCACUUGGACUAUAUGUUUGGAAUUCACGCACCGGAAUACGUUUACGACAGAGUCAUCAGCUUGAUGGCUAGGCAUUAGAGAACAAUUUUGUGUAUAAAUAUGUAAACUGCUUUUAAAUCAGUACUGUGUACUUGAACUUAUUAAACAUUUCA